CGGGGAGGGUCCACUUGCUGUUGGAAAGGAGGCGGCCCAAGCAGCGAACACACACACAGCCCCGCUGGUUCAAGUGAGGAGAGGCGACGUCCUUGGCUGAACUUUGCGCGCGACGUUACAAAUAGAGUCUGCAGCGUCCAAGUGGAGCACAGCGCGCGGACGACGAGACAGCGCGAUAACACCAAGUAACGCCGGCUCGAUCUCAUAACUACAGCGCUCAGUGGGGCAGGGAGAGGAAGGUGGGAGACGACAGAGUGGGACCGUAGCGGGACGGAGCAAACACAACACACACAGCUUCUUCCGGAGUCGGGAAGGAAGAGAGAAUAUUGUUGGAGGACGGAGAAGGAAAAGUGUUUACAGACAUUCUUCUCGCACAGAUCUGAGGUGGCACUGUUGCUGCGAUCUCCGACCGACGUCGCAUCGGCCUUUUUGAAGAAGAAUUUGUUAACGAUAAAAAAAUAAUUAAUGAGCGCUCCUGUCAUGUUUGACGAGUCUCAGCAUUUGAGGAUGUCGCAGGAGGGAGGCGAUGUGCGGACCAUGCACUCCCCGGGCGGGCUCUCUCCUCUGAGCGGAGGAGAGGAGGGCGGAGGAGGAGGUGGCAGCCCGCUGUCCUUCACCGAUGAGGCGGUGUCCCUCCUCACCUCCAGCAGCCUGCUGGCCCACUCCCUGCUCGGCCGCGCCCCCGCGGCGAAGCGCAAGGCCAGCCCCUCGUCCAACGCGGCGCUGCGCCGCAAGCGCGAGUUCAUCCCCGUGGACCAGAAGGACGACGGCUACUGGGACAAGCGGCGCAAGAACAACGAGGCCGCCAAGCGCUCGCGGGAGAAGCGCCGCGUCAACGACAUGGUGCUGGAGAACCGCGUGCUGGCGCUGCUGGAGGAGAACGCUCGGCUGCGCGCCGAGCUGCUGGCGCUCAAGUUCCGCUUCGGCCUGGUCAAAGACCCGUCCAGCAGCCCCAUGCUGCCCCUCGCCAACCCCGCCCCGCAGAGACCCAGCCCCUACUACCUACCCAGGGCGGACCACCAGAGGGACCUCCCGGGGGCCGUUGCGGUUGUGUCGCACCCCCACCACAGCCAGAGCCUGCGGCCGAUCCGGGACCCCGGGCAGGGCCACCUGUCGGAGGACUCGGGGUUCUCCGGGGGCUCCAGCGUGGGGAGCCCCGUGUACUUCGAGGACCGGCUGAGCGACGGCGGUAAGCUGUCCCCGCGAGGCGCGGCGGAAGACCUGGGCUACGAGCCGCACCACUCCCCCCCCGCCCCCUCCGCCGCCGCCGAGGGCCACAGGACCCUCACCCCGACCGCGCCCCCCGCCUUCUGCCCCGCCGACGGCAUGAAGACCCUCCCCCACAAGCUGCGCUUCAAGGUCCCGGGCUGCGGGGACGGCGGCGGCGGCGAGGGGGGGGCGCUCGCCGCCGCCGCCGCGUGUCUGGCCAAGGGUCCCGGGGUGAGGGGCUUGUGGGUGCAUCCGCCGGAGACGACGGAGGACGGAGCCGGGCGGGGGGGGAGGCAGACCCCGCCGGGCGGACCCUCCCUGGGGGGGGACUACCAGAACGAGAACAGCGUGCUGCGGUCCCAGCUCAGCUCCCUGAGCGAGGAGGUGGCCCAGCUCAAGAAGCUCUUCACGCAGCAGCUCAUGGCCAAGGUCCACUGAGGAACUGAACUCAAAGGCAGCCGGGGCCAGAGAACUCAUCACGGUGUACUGGAGAUAAUUUGUCUAGACUGAAAUGGACCACAUCAUAACUCUGUGUGGGAAAACCAUACUUAAUGGACAAAUGUCUAAGAAAAGUCUUCUGUUUGUCAGUUUGGUUUUAAAUAUUGUGUUGUUGUGUACUCUGUGCUGUAUGUUUUCUGAUAUGUUGUCGGGAUUUGAUUCGUCCUUCACACACUAACUUAUUCGUGUUCCCAUCAUGGGUUUGUCACUGUACUACAGAGUCUUAACCUCGAAAUGUAUUAAAAAUCGAUUUGUAGUUUUCAACACUGACUCACUCAGAGAUAACUGUCUGCACACACAGCUUGCCUACGCUCCCAUUUCAAGCCCAUCAGCACUGGAUCCCUCUGAGUGGACAGCGGACGUAGGUGGACCUGGGUCAUCAGACUGCAAUACUAGGAUCAUGUCCUCACAGCAGGACUCAGGAGAGGGAAUUACCUUUUAGCUGAAACACAACAGAUACAUAUUCAGACAAGCCGGAAAAAGGAUCAAAUUCCUCUACUCCACUGAAUCUCAUCACUCUCACACAUUUAAAUUUAGUACCUCAACCUUCCUUUGUGACGCACACACUUUUACAAUUACCAUGAAUGCAAUAUUAUUACUCAGUCAGAGGGGGGCAGCAGCUUCCACAUGUUGGCUCCUCAAACAGUCGCGGUUCGUGACCGAAAUUACCCUACAUAUUAUUAACAAUUUGACAGAAGAUACGGCAGAAACUACGCCUUAUUUUUGCAUUUCAUCAUAAAUGAGACAUCAACGCUUUUAAUAUGUCAUUUUGUCCUUGUCACUAUGCAGUUUGCGCGUCUCUGAGGACAAUAGUGUGAAGGUGAUACCGCGGCGUGGCACAUGCUGUGUGCGCGGGGGUGCCCAAACGACGCUUUGACGCACGCAUCCGCUGCAUGGUUCUACAGACGUCAUCAACCCUGGUCUCCAUUUGACUCUGGAAAAAUAAACCUCAAAAUAAUCUUCUCAUUCAUUCAUUCAGCUCAGCGUGUGUCAUUCUGCGUUCAUCACUUUCAAACCACGGAUCGAGGCUGAACAAACCGAUUACCCGCCCCAGAGUGUGUUCACAGGAUUAGGCCUUCCUAUUCGCGCCUUCACCAAGGCCAGUUAAGAUCUAUAUAUCUAUAGAUCUAUAGUCUUGCAUCAAUGAAAGCGGAGCAGUAUCCCACUUAUUGGUUUACCGGGAGGGUCCUUGCUGUGGUGGCAGGUAUUGAGGGUGCAGCAGGGUGGAUUAAAAUUGAAAUGUUUCAACUUGAUGAGGGUAAUAGCCGGCUCUACUUCCCGCGCGCGCCGUCCUCGUACGCGAGACCUCAAUAACCGCAUCCCCAAAAUCCCCCUCCCCACCCUUUCCCCCCACAUUUUGCCCCUUAUUCCCACCCCUUUUUCAGUAAGAGGAUAAAGCCUGUUGCCAGGCAGGCAUUGCGACAGUUGCCAUGGGAACACUCACAGACAUAGCUAGAAGGGGGAAACGAUUGGGUGCGGUUGGGUGGUGAGGAUGGGGCGCGCGGGAUCGGGGGAGGUUCACGGCCAGUGUCUCGUGCUGCGGGUUGGAACAAAGAGCGGGAGAAUCAGGAUGUGCACAUCUCUAAUAUGAAGUUAUGAUUUUUUUUAUAUAUUCUCGUCGUAUUUACUUCUUGCAGAAUGUUGUUCAUUAAUAAAAUGGAUGAUUUAUUCAUUAGUCUCUGGAUCUAAGUUGAUCUAAGGAGCUUUGUUUAACGACAGGGAUCCCUUGUGUUUAACUUA